UGCGACGUCAUGACGCAACGUGUGCGUCCUUUGCGGAUGUAAACACUGCUCAGUUCACGUGGAGGGAAAACCGACCAUGGCACAGAAGCUGGAGCGUUUUGUCAGUCCAGGGAAAGGUAACGGUCUGCGGGCGACAGCCAGGAUCAAGAGGGGCGAGCUGGUGUACUUCGCCGAGCCGCUGGCGUGCUGUGUGUCCAAUAAACUGGCCAGGGAUGUCUGCCACCACUGCUUCACACGACGGGAGACCCUGUUGAGGUGUUCUCAGUGCAAGAUGGCUCGCUUCUGCAAUACUACUUGCCAGAGACAAGCUUGGUCUGGCCAUAAGAGAGAGUGUAAAUGUCUGCAAAGCCUCCUACCCAGAAUUCCCACUGACUCAGUCCGUCUGGCUGCGAGACUCAUCUUUGCCUUGUUAAGUUUGUCUAAGAACAGUUGUGAGGAGCUCUACACUUUGGAGGAACAUGAAUCACACCUGAGUUCUGUCUCUGAGCAGAAGAAACAAGGUCUGUCUCAGCUGGCAUCCAUGUUAGAGCUGUACCUACAACAGGAGGUACCUGCCCUGGCACAGCAAAUGACACCAGCACUGCCGCCUUCCUGCAGAGAACCCCUCAGCCUUAUUGCAAAGGUGACAUGUAAUUGUUUCACCAUCAGUGACGGAGAACUGGCAGAGAUUGGCGUCGGGCUGUAUCCUAGUUUAUCUCUGCUAAACCAUGACUGUAGGCCAAACUGUGUGACGGUGUUUGAGGGAACAAAAAUGCAUCUCAGAGCUGUUCGGGAUAUCAACCCUGAAGAGGAGCUCACUAUAAGUUACAUCGAGACGUUGUCUUUGACUGAAGAGCGACGGAGACAGCUGGAGGACCAGUACCAUUUUACCUGCCACUGUCAGCGUUGUGACUCCCAAGACAAAGACGGAUUCAUGCUGUCAGGGGCAGAGUCAAGAUGGCGCCUGCUGAAGGAGACUCUGCCCAGACUGGAGGGACUGAAAGCCGAGUCGGACUGGCAAACUUUACUCGCGAGCUGUAGUCAUCUGUUAUCCACUGUUGGUGGUGAGGUGCCUGAUGAAAAUCUGUAUAAGCUCAGGGUGACAGACAUGGCUCUAGAUGCUUCCAUUCAGCUGGGACACUGGGAGGAAGCUAUGGGAUAUGGGGAGAAAACACUUCCAGCAUACAGAGAGUACUACCCUGAUCCCCAUCCGGUUCAUGGAGUCCAACUGAUGAGAGUUGGAAAGCUGCAACAUUACCUGACACACAGCGAAGAGGCUUUGGACACAUUCAUCCAGGCCUAUCUCAUUAUAAAGGUGACCCAUGGUGAGGAACACCCCAUGACCACUGAUCUAUUGACGAAGAUGGAGGAAUGUCGUAUGGAGAUGGGUCAACAGUCAUCCAGCUGAGACACAGCCACAAAUAACUCCUGGAGUUUUAACGUUAUUAGUGCAUUCAUCAUCAGUGUGUCCCCCCCGAAUCAGUUUUAUGUAGAAAUUUUGCCUGCUGUAAAUUACA